UAUAGCAUAUCAAUUCAACUUUAGAACCUCACGAGGACUGAAAUGUAUUAAGGGAUUAAGUUCUCUUUUCCAUGGUAUUUAGUGCCGUACUUGAUCCUUGUUGGAAAGUUAUUCUGCAUUCCAAGCAUUUUUCACAUUGUAAUUUUCAGAUCUACAGAGAUGGUAUCAUAGCCUAAUUUCUUCUCUUUUGAACAGAUUGUGCAGGCCUGCCCUGACAAUUAUUUUCAAAUGGAUGAAUUUGCAUUUGUUGCAAUGGAACUCUGUGUAAAGUAUCAAUAUGAAAUAUUUCAGAGGUAGUUGGUCUGUCCAUGAAACUCAAAGUUCUAAUAUUUUCUUAUUCAGAAAGAUGAGCACCUGUGUGAAAAGUCUUCCAUUUACAAUUUCCAUCCUGUUAGACAAAUCUUGUGCUACUUUGUACUUGCACCUAGUUGUAGAUGAUAAAAUCAUGCAACUAGCUGCAUGUGGGGCCCACCCUGGUGUGUGUAUUGCAUCUGACCCAUCCAGGAGGGUCACCCUACCAUAAAAAUUGGAGGCCACAGUAAUAGGCUGAUCCAACUCUUAUGCAGGCUGCCACUUGAAUUUGGAGGUUUUUGGGUGACUCGUCCAUUGUUUUGUGUGGUGUGGCGCACAAGAUGAUUGGAUCAGCCUAUUUUUGGGGUGUCUCAUUUUCAUAGUUGGGCGACUCUGUUGGACAGGCUUUAUAUACACCUACAGUGGACCCCAGAUGCAGUGCUGAUGCAAUCACCCAAGAUCAACAAAGUUUCAAAGAAUUAAUUUAUGCACUAUUCGUUACAGCUAAGACAAUAGUACGACGCAUGAAUCCUAAAGAAGCAGUGGAAGUUGAUAUUGGGAUUUUUUUCUACAAAGCCAAGAGAAGCAAUCCAACCCAGGAAGUUUAUUCUCAUGGGCGCCAAGUUGUCACAGGAAAUUCAUCCUCAUGGGCCUAAGUCAUGGACUUGACUAAAUUUACGGCAGAUCAAUUGCAUAAAAUUUAUUUGUUGUGUGGAUCUGCUGAUGAAGACAACUGGCCUGGGGUUUCCAAAUUGCCCAAGUAUGAUGACUACAAGCCACAAAGUCCAAUGGAGAGAUGUAUUAAGGAGGUUUUUAAAGAUGUCGACACCCCUACUUUGGAGUUACUGGACAAAAUGCUAACUCUUGAUCUCAGUAUAUUAAAAGCUUUCAAUUACAAAGAGGAGCCAGACUUAGAUGCAGCCUUGAAAAGGCCAGUUUUUGAAAUUCAUAUGCAAUGUGUUUCUAAAAUUUAUCAUCAUCACCAGAAAAAGCAAUGAUAAUCCUCUCAACCAAAUGGAACAAGAUUGGAUCGUCAAGCUGAUCAUUUUAACAACCAUCAU